AUGGAACCAGCCAAGAUGGAUGGGAAGCAGAGGGCCCAGACCAAAAGGCCGGAAGCAGAGGGCCCAGACCAAAUGGCCGGGAGCAGAGGGCCCAGACCAAACGGCCGGGAGCAGAGGGCCCAGACCAAAAGGCCGGGAGCAGAGGGCCCAGACCAAAAGGCCGGAAGCAGAGGGCCCAGACCAAAAGGCCGGAAGCAGAGGGCCCAGACCAAAAGGCCGGAAGCAGAGGGCCCAGACCAAAAGGCCGGAAGCAGAGGGCCCAGACCAAAAGGCCGGAAGCAGAGGGCCCAGACCAAAAGGCCGGAAGCAGAGGGCCCAGACCAAAAGGCCGGAAGCAGAGGGCCCAGACCAAAAGGCCGGAAGCAGAGGGCCCAGACCAAAAGGCCGGAAGCAGAGGGCCCAGACCAAAAGGCCGGAAGCAGAGGGCCCAGACCAAAAGGCCGGAAGCAGAGGGCCCAGACCAAAAGGCCGGAAGCAGAGGGCCCAGACCAAAAGGCCGGAAGCAGAGGGCCCAGACCAAAAGGCCGGAAGCAGAGGGCCCAGACCAAAAGGCCGGAAGCAGAGGGCCCAGACCAAAGGACAGACAGAAAGAUGAAAAAGAAGGCUCUAGCCAACGAGCAGAAGGAGACAUCAUUUCACACUCAGGUUCUAUAA